GGCGAUAAAAAGGCUCGCCCAAGGGACCGCCCACAACCGGAUCGCACUUCAUGGACUGGGCGGUUCUGGGUAUGCACUCUUCAUUGGUAUUUCAGGGGUUUUCUAACGCUACUUAGAAAGACUCAAAUUGCCCUCGAAUUCGUUUAUCGGUGCGCAAGCGAGAGAGACUGUGAUGUUUACUGGGUGCACGGAGGUGGGGUGCAAAAGUUUAGAGAGGGUUUCACAGCUAUUGCGCAACAUGUUCGAAUUCCGCUACCCGGCGCCGAGACGGACCAAGAGGGAUUCCUGUUAAACAUAAGGAGGUGGUUUGAAGGUCUAGCCAGCGGUGAUUGGAUACUGGUUAUUGACAAUGCCGAC